UGAGCGGCAGCAGCGCGCACAAUGCGCUGAACGUGACGUCAGGCGAAGAAGAAUCUCCCUGUUUACAGCAGUGUUUUGAAACUCUUAUUAGCGUCAGUAUUGACAAUGUGAUUUAAGACAUGAUUUCUCAUUUAAACUCUCAUUCUGAAACACCGACAUGAGCGACACGAUAGAGAGCCGAGAGCAGCGCACUCUUCUGUCCGAGCGAGAGUCUUCAGCCGCGAUGAAGAGUGCUGAAAAGAGUGAGCAAACACAAGCGGUGGAGAAGAGAGGGCCGUAUAUCAUGUCCAAAGCUCCUUCUUUCCACACCACGCUCCAGAAGCACAGAGACACAGCGAGACGAGCUCUGCAGAAGAGAGGACUGGGCUCAGCGAGACCCGUGCUUCAUCAGCCCCGACACAAACCAAAGACCGUGAAGUUCAAUAAGGGAUACGCAGCUCUGAGUCAGACAGGAGAGGAUUCGCUCAUCUCGCUGGAUUCAGACAGUGAUGCGGAGCUGGACUGUUCGUCUGGAUAUUCCUCAGCAGAGGUGCAUCCGGACCUGAGCAGGCAGCUGUUGAAGGACGGAUAUCACCUGGAUGAGAUCCCUGAUGAUGAGGAUCUGGACCUGAUUCCUCCUAAAGCCCUGAGCUCCUCCGUGUGCUGCUGCUCUGCCGUCUCCUCCUGCUGUGUGCAGUGAUCCGGCUCCAGAGCUGAAUGGAUCAGAAGUUCUUACAGUGUUUUUAGGAGCACGGACUCAUUUUGUUUGUCAUGGUUUAAGCCUCAGUCUCGUUAUUAGAGUUACACUGCGUAGCCAAAAUCCCAAACACUUCCAGUUUUGAGCUGCAUGUAAAUCAGAGCCAUGAUUUACUCACAUUCCUGCUGCAUCUCAUGAAAACACUCGAUCACCUCAAAAUCUGAAUAAAUCAAUUAGUCGUUAUAUUUAAAAGUGAGGCAGAUUUUAGUACAAAUACACCAGUUUUUUGCACUUCAACAUUUUUUUUUGUGUGUGUGUAUGUUUAAGUUUAUUUACCCCUUAAAUUCUCAUUAAUAAAUGGAAGCUUGUUACAUAAAACAAAAAAAAUAACAGCAACUUUUUAAUCUCACAAUUCGGAUGUUUUUUUCUUGCAAUUCUGAAAUUAUUUCUCACAAUUUGGACUUUUUUCAGAAUUUUUUUUCAGAAUUGCAAGAUAUUAACUUGAGAUUGUGAGGAAAAAAGGUUUGAAUUGUGAGAUAUACAUUUGUAAUUGUUUUUUGUUAGUUUUUUUAACUUACGGUGUUGUUAAAACUUGGACGUUUUUUCUCUGAAUUCUAAGUUUACGUCUUACAAUUAUGCUUUUGUUUCUGCCACAAAAUAAAUAACUUUUUUUUUAUUAUCUUAUUUAAAAAUCUUUUUUAAUCUCAGAAUUACAGGUUUGUAUGUCUUUAUAUCAGAAUUGCGAGGAAAAAUCUGAAUUGUGAGAUUAAAAAUUCUCAAGUUACUUUUUAUAUAUAUAUAUAUAUAUAUAUAUAUAUAUAUAUAUAUAUAUAUAUAUAUAUAUAUAUAUAUAUAUAUAUAUAUAUAUAUAUAUAUAUAUAUAUAUAUAUAAUUCAAAACCGGCUUCCAUAGUAAUGCCAAAGAUCUCAUUCUCAUUGCUGUAAUGUUUGGAAAUAUUGAUAUUUAAAUUGUCAAUUAUUAAUAAGUCGUGGAAGUAUUUGUUGUUCUGCCUUUGAACCGAUAUAUUACUUAAUUUGCUUUAGUCACAACAUUCAUAUUUUGGGGUGAAAUAUGAUUUUGAAGUGUUUCGUGAGAUUGACGCAUGUAUGUAAUCGGUGGCCAUCGCUCACGGACGUGUCACACGUGUUUUAUAAUCAUCAUUUCGCUCGAGACAUCGGCUGAUGAUUUCAAAACUCUCAGAAAAGGAACUGAAGAUGAAAGUGGGAUCUGAAACGCACAGAAUACCCAUGAUGCUCCAGCUCAGCGUUUGGGGAAGUACAGUGUUACUUAUAGUGAGAAACCUCACACUACGUGUGUGUGUGUGUGUGUGUGUGUGUGUGUGUGUGUGUGUACAGCUAUCUUUGUGAGGGCUGGUUUGAGUUUUAGACCAUCAGAGUGAGGACAAUCUUGUAAAGUGAGGACAUUUUGGCCGGUCCUCACUUUCUGGGACCCCUUUAAAGGCCUGUUUGAGGGUCAAGACUUGGUUUUAGGGGUCAGGUUAUAAUCGGGUAAAGGGUAGGUUUAGGGUAAGGGUUUGGGUGAGGCACUUAGUUCUGAAGGUUAGGGUCAGGAGCUAGAGAUCGCAUUGUGUCAAUGCAUGUCCUCACAAAGAUAGCUAUACAGAGUUGUGUGUGUGUGUGUGUGUGUGUGUGUGUGUGUGUUUUACUUCAGGACUCUUGAAAAGUGUUUAUUAACUUUUUAAAAUUAUAUUUUCUCUCUGUAAGCUUUUGGAUGCACUUAAGCUUUAUUAGAUCUCUCUGAUAUUUGGUUACUGUCAAACAAUAACACAUUUUGUUACUGAAAUGAAGUGAGACUGAUAUGAGUUGUUACUUUAGUUAAACGCCUGCGGUGAGAUAUAAUGUGUUGUUUUGUAUUUGAAAUUGUGUAAUUAAGAAUUUUUAUCUGCCCUUAAAUAUGCAUUUGCAUUAGAAAUAUGCUGUUAUAUGUUGUGUCACAGCUGUGUAUGUGUGUGUGUGUAUAGACGGUUGUCAGACUGGACAAUCUUCUUCAACACUAUGCAAAUAACACUUUAAUUCUUUGUAGCCACAGCAAAUCAGUUACUGACUUUAUAAUGCGAUAACCUUAUUGACUUUUAUUUUGUUGCAAGGACAAUAUUAUUUGUAUUUAACAAUGUUUUGUGAAAUUAAAGGAAACACUUCAACUUUC